UUCAGUACAUUCGUUCUCUGUUUUUGAUUUAUUUUCAUUUUCAUUCAUAAAGUCUCUGUAGUGUGAGAGGGUUGUUUUUCCAAAUUCUUUAUAUUUUUUUGGAAUAUUGUUUUGUGAAUUUGUUGUGAAACUGUGUGCUUUUUAAGACAGUGUCAAUUUGAAUAUUGUUCACCCAGAGACCAGCAAGUCGUACAGCAGCUUACUGAUUGAUUGCACGCGGUCGUAAAUGUUUUAUGAUUUUACAGAAAAGCCUCUUAAAAAACAUCUCGCUGAUCCCAUUCUUCCCAGUUAUUGUUUUAUGAAAGCAUGACGGUUACGUUCGCUGUAAGUGCAAACAGUUUUCGAGCCAAACUGGUAUCUUUAGGACAUAUAAAGUUCGAAGAAAACAAGGAUGAUAAUAAUGUUACUAUUGAAAUGGGAACAACACUACAGAUUGAAGAAGUCAUUUCUGGAAAAUUGGCAUUGGUACGCAUUAAGAACUAUUACAACACAGAUGAUAAAACCUACGAAAACCACCUGUUCCAAUGUCCAAAAUCCUCUCUGUUGAUCAUACCGAAAGAAGCUUGGCCUUUUAUUAUUGCUAUCAUGGAUCCACAAGAACGAGUUAAUUUCGCAAGCCAGUCAAAGCGUCUGGCUAUGCUCGAGCGGCUUUCAAAUGAUCUGAUAGUUAAGGUUUCUGGGCGUGCCUUUGGACUGAUGACGGAGGUAUAUGACUGCAUUAUUCGAGCUAUUGGACCAGUUCCCGAAAUAGGACCAGGCUACUACUUGUGCAUGGAAUUGCUGAAUCUAGAUCAUGGGCAUUCUCCACAGAAAGACGACAUUCCCUAUUUACGAAAGUACGUAAACACACCGCCACAUUUGGCUUUUAUUUUGGCUGCAAACUGGCUAGAUUUGAAUGACACAGAGAAUAUCGCUACAACAAAACAUUCCAAAAAGAAACUAUUUGAAGAUUUACUGUGUGGAGCAAAAGAACAACUAAAUUCGCGAUUAAAUCGCGGUGGGGCCAAACGUAACCCCCAGCAUUCCAAACCUAUCAACGGUUCUCAAGACGAUAGUUCCACUCAACCUUUCACCCCAGAACCAAGUAAUCAGUUAAAUUGCUCUCCGACCGUCGAAUCUCUGGAAACUAGUCAGCGUAAGCGAAUGGCAGCCUCAGUCUCGAGUCCAAAUUUAUCUAAACAAGAUAGCAGCAGUAGCACUGGAAGUUCUAGUCGCAUCAACUAUAGUCAUCCAACCGCAACAAUGAACGAAGAGAUGAGAUAUGGUGACAGCCAAACAGAGGACAGUUACCGCUCUGGUAGAAGCUCCCAAAACAGUUCCACUAAUAGUACAUUAAAACUUAUAAAAAAUCGUAAAAAAUCUUCUAAACCAAGUACUAUUCUGAGUUUAGAAGAUCGCGAUAUAGUAGUUAUAGACAAGGCAGAUAUAAAAGAGGCGACUAGUAGUGAAAGUGAUGUGAUUAUAGUGGAUCCGCCACCAAUCUUGCCGGAACAGGACCACCAUGAAGUUGAUCUUAAGGACGUCUUGGGGCAGGAUUGGCCUGCUUCAGCCGGAGGAGCGGCUGCUAUAUUAAACAGUGAAAAGAAAACACAAACUUCUUUAAUCGGUGCACUGGCGGGAGGUUACAGCAGUAGCAGCAGCAACAGCACUAACAGUAAUCCGUAUCAUGCCAAGUACGAGCGCAACAAGUCACUCAAUCUGUUGAGUCAUCUUGCUAGUUCAAAACCGACCGAACUGAAUCGCCGAAAGGAGCAAAAGUUGAUGAUGGAUGCUUCGACAAUGGCAAAGCCUAACGAUGGGGUGGUUCCUGCUUAUGACAAUAGUAACAAUAUACCUCACGCAGUCAGUUCAUCGUCUACUUCGGACGCAUCUGAAGUAGCAACGUACCAAUCGACUCUCAAAGAAGUUCCAGAUAAUCCCCUUUUAGAGUUAGGUUCCAUGGUCGAAGUAGACCUCGAAAAAACGGAAUUAUACGGUGUUAUUCGUUGGAUUGGCCCACUGGACAGUUCCAGCGCAAGCAGCAGUAACAUGCGUGUGAUGGUUGGUGUUGAGUUGGAAGAUGAGCCGGACAACUCUAGUGUUGAGGCUACUGAUGGGGUUUACAAUGGCAUAAGAUUAUUCAGAUGCCCAUCCAAUCGGGCCAUAUUUGUCCAUCCAUCGCAGUGCAAUCGGGAUCGUCGUUUUCAAGAUUUUGGACCAACAUCACAGACACAGCCUAAAAUUGUUAGCACCAGCUCUCAUUCGGAGAACAACAUGUUUGGUAAAGUGGAUUGCCCUAUAGUACAGGGAUCCGUUGCUCCACUGAAAAUUCUUCAGCCAGGCGAAUUAGAGGCUAUAUGCGGUAAGUUCAAAGGAAUUCAAGGUCAUCACAAUUCGUGUUAUUUAGAUGCAACUUUAUUCGCGAUGUUCACUUUCACUGGCGUGUUUGAUUCAUUGUUGUUUCGGCCCAGAGAACCUGAAGACAAUCCGCAAUACGAAGACGUUCAACGUGUGCUUCGGGAAGAAAUAGUCAAUCCAUUGCGGAAGAAUCACUUUGUGCGCGCGGAUCGCGUUAUGAAGUUGCGCAAGCUGCUUGAUCAGCUAAGUUCCGUUACAGGACUCACCAGCGAGGAAAAGGAUCCCGAAGAAUUUCUUAACAGCUUGUUGGCUCAAAUAUUACGAGCGGAUCCAUUUUUAAAGUUAAGUUCCGGAUUGGACACUUUUUACUAUCAGCUGUUUGUGGAGAAGGAUGACCAACUGAAGUUACCAUCGGUGCAACAAUUGUUUGACCAGAGUUUUUUAACAUCGAAUAUAAAACUGAAGGAAGUUCCCUCUUGUUUGAUUAUCCAAAUGCCACGCUUUGGAAAAAAUUUUAAGAUGUAUCCCAGAAUUUUACCCUCCCAGGUUCUCGAUGUUACGGAUAUUAUCGAAGAUUCGCCACGACAAUGUACUGUAUGUGGAAAUUUAGCCGAACACGAAUGCCGUGAAUGUUUUGGAAUGAUGCAAUGCGGCGGCGUCGGACUGGAAAGCACUGCGUUCUGUCGAAAAUGUCUCGAAACAGCUCAUUCUCAUAUAAAACGACAAAAUCAUACACCAAAUCCACUGACGGUGCCUAAGGAUUUUAAAAUUAUGGCAGACCACUGCCCGGUUCCACGUCUUUUCAUGGAACUAUUUGCUGUAGUUUGCAUCGAAACUUCCCACUACGUAGCGUUUGUUAAAGCUGCUUCCGGACAAGGUGCGCCGUGGGUAUUUUUUGACUCGAUGGCUGACCGCAAAGGGGAGCAAAACGGUUACAACAUUCCGGUGAUGAUACCAGUUCCUGAUUUGCCAAUGUGGUUGACAGAGGAAUAUGCUCGUCAUCUCAAUGAAGAAGCAAUCAAUGAUAAGAUGUUACCGGAACAUGCGAAACGUUUACUUUGUGACGCAUAUAUGUGUAUGUACCAGAGUACUGACGUAAUGAUGUAUCGAUAAGCGUCAUGACAUUUUGUCCUUAAUCUUAUCUAUGCAAUACUUUCAUUAUCUAUAUUUAAAAAAAUACCUCCUGGAAAUACAAAUCUAUUAAUCCUAGUCCGAGUGUAAUAUGCAGUGAUUGGUAAAUAUAUUCUUAAAAAAAAAAACCGAAUUCGAAACGAAACAAAUUGAAUUUUGGAUAACCCACAAAACUUGUACACGUGAACAUGCAGUCACGGUGUUUUCAUAAAGUGAAGGAGAGAAUGCAAUAGAUUUUAUAUAUUUACAUAAUAUUUAAACUUCCAAGAACAACAACAAGAUAUUCAAUUUUUGAACGCAAUAGUAUAUGUGACAAAAGUUCAAAUAUAUUUAAAGUGAGUAAUAGACGAACAACAAAUAUAUUCUUCAUCGUAUACAAUAAACAAAGAAGAAAGGUAAAUAGUGUUCUUGCUCGUAGUUGAUAUGCGAAUAGGGUCGCAGCUUUAUAUGUUCAUAAAAGUUAGAUUAUUAGAACGUAUUUCGUAUUAAAAAAAAAGAUAUACUUUAAAUCAAACGUGACAGUAGCUUUAAUUAAUUUGACAUUGGGAACAAAAACAGAGUAUGAACUUUAACCGUGUUUGAUACACGCCUCGAUUGCAGAGGCUCAGGUUUUUUUGUUGCGAUUUUCGUUAUUGGUGUCCUGGAAGGGCCUAACUUUUGUGCAAAACAUCAACAAACUAUAUUGAAGUUAUAUCAGACCGUUCUCUGCCCCAAGCGGGAGUGAGUUCUAGAAAAAAUUGGAUAAGAAGCGUUUUUCCUCUAACGAGUAGAAAAUAUAAAAAUAAUCUUUACAAACAAUGCGAUAAGAAAUGUACCUCCUACUAUAAAUCUUACUAAGGCUCUCGAACUGGUGUUGUUCAAUAAAGACAUACAUAUGAAGUUGUUAAAGCUUAC